CUCGCGAGAGCCCGGGCUGGCGAAGAUGGCGGCGCUGUGCGAGAGCUUCACGCUGCGCGGGCCGGGCCCCGGCGGCGGCGGCCCCGGGCUGUGCCUGGAGCCCGGCCCCGGCCGCGACCUCGUGCUGCUCACCGAGGGCGGCCGCGCCGCCACGCUCUUCAAGAUUUCGGAUCAGAAGCCCCUGGGCUGUUGGUCAUUUAAACAUGGGCAGACUCUCACCUGUCCUGUGGUGUGCAACUUUGAAACCCACGAGUACAUUGCAGUUCAUGACGACAAGGUUUUAAGAAUAUGGAAGAAUGAAGACAUGAACUUGGACAAAGCCUUUAAAGCAACACUCUCAGCAGAUGUGUACAGGAUCCACUCCCUCCCCCGGGGCGGGCCGCUGGUGCUGUUCAGGGGAGGGGCGGUUCGCACGCUGGAUGUGCUCUUGGAGGCCCCUCAGCAGGAGAUUGAGGACCUCAUCUCAGCUGAGGUCAUCAGGUGGAGUGGAGCUUUCAUGGAAGGCCAACAACCUGUCAUAAUUUUCAUUACUGAGAAAGAUAAGGAUUUUUUUAUCUACGUACAGAAACCUAAGCUGGGUAGUCUACACAAAUACAAGCUUGAACAACAGAAACUAGCCAGGCCACAGCGUUUCACAGCACAUUUAACAAACCAAACUGUCACACUUCUGUGUUUGUAUUCCAGUGGCUGUGUAUACCAGGUUCUGAUACCUCUACAGCAAGAUACUGAAGAAGAAGAGAAAGAAGAAGUUUUGUCCAAGUCACUACUACUAAAACUUUCAGUAUCUGGAACUGUUCUGAAAACAGCAUCUUUAGUUGUCCUGGACAAAGACCACAUUGCAGUGUUGGGCAGUCUGCCUUCACUUGGGCCAAAACCCAAUGAACUUCUGACAAUAUGGAAUACGAAAUUUCAGACGUUGCAAACCUCAAAGGAGCUGCCCAUGGGGACCAGCGGCCAGUUGUGGUGUUAUGAGGAAAAAUUUUUUCUAAUUCAUGGGAAAGUGCUGACUGUAAUUAUGUACAAGUGUGAAACAUCAUCCUUGGCAGCCGCUGUGGGAAAGCUCAAGGACAGUCAAACCCUUGAGGUGUCCUCGUUUGUGGACUGGAACACCCUGGAAGAUGAAGAGCUGGUGGUUUCCCUUCAGUCCCAGGAGUCUGUAGCUCUGAAAGCAGAGUCCAGAAUAAAUUUGAGAUCAAGAGCGAGCACUGUUGCUGAACAGUCAAGGACAUUAUCAGUUGGGGAGCUCUUGCUAAAACUCAAAGGUGCUCCUAGUUUCAUGUUGGAAGUUGAAAUGAAAAAACUGAUGUCAAGAGCACCGACCCUAGAUCUGCAAGCCACUAUUGGCUGUGUGGUCACUGCUGUUACAGACAGAUGUAAAGAAAAUCCAAAGUACUACCCUCAAAAUUUGCUGCAGGAGAUCGUUGAAACCCGGGACUUCUCCUACAGUUUAUGUCCAGAUUUAAUGGCUGUUGCUUUGGAGAAAAAAGACAUGCAUCUCUUACAAAUCUGCCUAGAACGGUUUCCAGAUAUUCCUGAAGAGAUUACUUAUGCUUGCCUGACAGCAUUUUUAAGCAUGAGUGAAGACCAUCUUAAAAGUAUGGAUGUAAAUCUGGAUUCUGUCAUCUGUUACAUCGAUGUUGAAUUGAACGAUAUGGAAGUUAAGAGUGAAAUUCUAGAAAAUGGUUUCAGUGAAGAGAUGGACCAGGACAUGUGUGAUACCAAAAUCCCAAAGGAGAGCCAGAGAGAUGGUGAAUCCUGCCCUGUUGGCCUUCAGAAGGCAGCAUUGCUAAAUUCUGUUCUCCAUUCAGCUUACACUGAAACAUUUCUUUUGCCUCACCUGAAAAACCUUCCAGCUCAACAAGCUAUUCUAUUUCUCAGGUAUUUGUAUUACCUGUAUGUGAAAUGCAGUGAAAAAGUGAACACCACUCUUCCUGGAAUACGCUCUCCCACGAUAAAUCAGAUCAUGGAUUGGAUGUGCCUGUUGCUUGAUGCUCAGUUCACGGUCAUGGUGAUGCUUCCAGAAGCAAAGGACUUGCUUUCAAACCUGCAUAAGUUUGUGAGAGCCCAAGUACGUUUCUACUCAGAACUCAACAAGAUUGAAGGAAGUUUGCGGGAAUUACAAAGACUGAACCACCUGAGAGAAUCUCAGACCUAUUCUAUUGAAGUGCUGGAAAUCAUUUGAAUUUGAAACUCAUUAACACAUUUAUUUUGUAUUGAUUCCUUUUAUGACAAGGAUGUAUUAGCACUCCAUAUUGGGGCUGUCAAAAGUUGUUUUCUACAUAGGAGGAGCCUGGUUACUCUGUAGCUACAUGGGAGUUGUAAGUUUGAACCUUGUGUAUUAAAAUCUCUUUUUGACUGGA